UCUGAGUGGGGUGGUGGGAAACGCUUCAAAAACGAUGUUGUGCUCGAUCCAUAAACAGACGCGACUGGUCCACCCGAGCGCCGCUCACUGCCAGUCGCCGGCGAAUUUCUGCACCUGCGCCCGGUCCGCCCGCGCCCGGCCAACCGCCCCGCACGCGCCCCGCCAUCCUUCUCGCGAGAGUUGCCGGCGUUGCGCUGCGGGCUGCCGGUUGCCAACCCGCCGCAGCAAUGGCCGCUCUGCGGAGGUUCGUGUCGCUGCAGCGCCUGUGUCCCGGGCGAUGGCGACUGGUCGCUUUGAGCAAGCCUGCCUCGAACGGAGGGGCGGGUGGGGGUGCGCGGCGGCCGGCGCCGGGUGGAAGGCGCGGGCUGUGCGUGGCGGCGGUGUGCGGGGGGGCGGCGGUGGUCGCCGCCUCCUCCUCCUGGUGUUACUACCACACGGAGCCGGAGGCUGGGAGCGGCGGGAGGAGAUGGGCUCUCUCCUGCGGCGAUGUGCGAAUACCCGUUGUAAAAGCCAAGGGGAAGGCCAAGAACACAAUAGAAGAAACUGAUUUUGAAGAUGUAGAACUAUAUGUUUCUUCCCAGGAACAAAGAUUUAGACUGUUUACAUCACUGGAAUAUGAUGGGCAGCUCUUUAUGACCCCACAGGACUUUAUUGAAUCUGUCACAACAGAUGAACCAAGAAGUUUUAAGCCUCGGAAAUCACUCUCAAGGCAGGACUUAGAAAAUAUGCUUGCAGAAACUCCGCCAGUAUGGAAGGGCUCUUCAAGACUCUUUCGAAAUUUGUGUGAUAGGGGUCUGAUUGCCUACACUGAAUAUUUGUUUCUUUUGUGCAUACUAACAAAGCCUCAUGCAGGUUUUAAAAUAGCCUUCAACAUGUUUGAUACUGAUGGCAAUGAAAUGGUGGACAAGAAGGAAUUCUUGGUGCUUCAGGAAAUUUUCAGGAAGAAAAAUGAGAAAAGAGGGAAAAGAGGUGUCGAUGAAGAGAAGUCUGCACUGGUGAAUCUGCAACUUUUUGGUUACCAAUAUGCUCCUGCUUACAGUAUGUUAAAAAAAGAUUGCCCAGAUCAUACCACAGAUCGAAGUUACUGGGAUACAUUGAGACGUAACACCAGCCAAGCACUCUUUUCAGAUCUUGCAGAGCGUGCAGAGGAAAGUUUUUUUGUAGAUACUACACUACUUGUACAUUUUUUUGGAAGAAAAGGAAAGGCUGAGCUGAAUUUCGAAGACUUUUACAAAUUCAUGGAUAACAUACAGACUGAAAUUUUGGAAACUGAAUUCCUUUCGUACUCCAAAGGGAUGACCACAAUUAGUGAAGAGGAUUUUGCUCGUACUCUACUACGCUACACAAAUGUAGAUAACACAGGCAAUUAUCUGGAGUCUGUUCGACAAAGGAUUCCUGAUGAAAAGGGGAUCACUUUUGAUGAAUUCAGAUCGUUUUUUCAAUUCUUGAAUAACUUGGAGGAUUUUGCCAUUGCAAUGCAGAUGUAUAAUUUUGCAAAUCGAUCAAUUGGGCAAGAUGAGUUUAAGCGUGCUGUAUAUGUGGCCACAGGCCUCAAGCUUUCUUCACAUUUGGUGAACACAGUCUUCAAAAUCUUUGAUGUAGACAAAGAUGACCAACUAAGUUACAAGGAAUUCAUUGGUGUUAUGAAAGAUCGGCUGCACAGAGGAUUUAGGGGCUACAGAUCUACACAGGGCUAUCCCAGUUUUAAAGUCUGCCUAAAAAAAGAGUUUGUCAGCAGAUAAGUGUUCAAAUGGCCUGAUAGUAAAGGUUAUUAUAGCUAUAUGCAUAAAAAAUGGGCAAUUACUUGAAGCAACUUUGAAGAGAAUAUAAAGAAUGUUUCUUUUGAUGGUCUUAAACAUCCCAGAAAAUCCAUAGUCAAGGUUGAAUGCUACUUGGUUACCUAUGCAAGAAACGCAAUUACUCUUCUAUCCCUAUUUGAACUGCACAAUUAUUGGGAAAGUUUGACUGCAUUGUGGCUAAGUAUUCAAUGCACUGCUCAAGUAGUUCAACUGUUUUAUUUUAAAUGAUUAAAUUAAGAGUAGAAAUGUGAUCACAAACCUUUCUGUAUUAUGCUAGUGCUUCACUAUCACUUGAUGUAUAGAAUAUGAAAUGAGUAGUCAAAGAUAGAAAGAGUAGAAAAUUAAUAUGAACAAGCAGGAUAUGAUUGAACACUUUGAUUUUAUAGAUGGCAUAAAAUAUCAUUAAAGGUACCAGGACAAAGUAGACUGAACAUUAAUCUUAAGGUGUGUUUUGUUGAUGAAAAACUCAAACCUACAACAUUCUUUUUUUUUGGGGGGGGUGGGGGGAAGCUAAUUAAUUUCUAGGGCUUUAAUGGAAUUCAAAGUGUUUAUUAUUAGGAAUUUAAUUUGUAAGGACAGAAGAUAUGGGGGUAUUCAAGUGGAAUCUGGAGAAGGUUAGAUGAAGAGAGCUGGAAAAAUGUUUGUAUGGAAUAGAAUUGGCCUGUAUUGUUGUAGUCAAUUCUAUGUAGUUUAUUAUAAAGUCAGGCAAGGACACAAGUGUUAACAUUAACUUAAAUGGGAGCAUUGCUCCUCAUAUCUAAGGAAAGCAUGUUAAUAUCAUAAUCAUUUACAAAAUGAUUGCAUUGCCACCCAAGCUAAGCAAACUUUAUCUUGAAAAUAAGCUAUAUUUAUUUUGUCUUAUUGUAUCGCAAUUUGUGCAUGGCAUUAUUGGUAUGAUAAAACCAUAGUAAGUAUACUUCCUAUCAAUUUGUAGUAUUGUAUAAUUAAACAGCAUGUAUGCAUUUUCAAAUUUAAACUGAGUUGCUACAGUUAUCACAGUUACAAUUAAUUACAGUCAUUCAAAAGUAGUUCAAACUUGAGGACUAAUGCCUAUAGAGUUUUAUAUAGUUACAAAGUACACAUUUUCAAAAAAAGAUAGCUCUGGGUCUAGUCAUUUGUGAAAUGCAUAUUUCAAUGACAAUAAAGUUAUCAAAAUAAAAUGUUUUAUCGGAUUUCCAAUGUUAU